UGAAUUUUUGUUUCACUUUUUCUCGAUUCGUUAUUAAUUUUAUUGUUUCUAUUUCUACUUUUCUUAUUCUGUUGUAUAUUUACACUCACACCCACACCCGCACAUUCACCUACACCCACUUUUAUUUAUUAGCCAGUCUUUCCCACUUGACAUUUCCUUUCAGUUUUUUUGUUGCAUUUAAUUUUUUUCCUUUAAUUGGUUCCCUUUACAAUACCCAAAUGAAGCAGCAACAUGCUUAGCCAGACUGCAGAUACACCAAAUAACAGACAUCGCGCAUCGAGACCAACUGGACGCGCUCCAGCUGCCGGUCUCGCCAUGGAUAGUUUGCGGAAUGCCACAGGGGCCCCCAAACCCGCAGUCGGAAAGGCCCCGCCAGCAACUAAUAUCCCGCUGCAUCCCCGCAAAGAAGCGCAGUUUUAUUCCGAGUCUCACAGCACGCCAGCGAAUGCUACCCAACACAUGACACGGCCACAUAAUGAAUCAGCACGCUGCUAUUACGAAGCUCUCAUUUCGCGCGGAAUAUCGUUGCUACAGCCUUACAGUGUGCUGUUUAUAGCUGAGGCGUACCAUGGCUGGUUUCACGCGGCUUCGGUUGAUGUCGCCGGAAGCAUUUUGCAGCAGACAAUAGGCUACCAGCGAGAGCACAGCCAGCAGAACAGCGAUAGCAUGACGAGCAGCUUUGUCGGGGAUGCAUCAGGCGACGGCCUUGAUGUUCGCAGCAUUUACUGGCUGGCGCUCUGCUACUGGAAUUUGGGCGAAGUCAGCACAGUCUACGCGCUGCUUGGCUCGAUUGCAGUCGAGUCUGAAUUUAUCAUCGAUCAGUGUGAUGCUGAUCCCGAGGCUGCGGGCACAGCAGCUAGCAGCAGCGGCCAGUAUGGACUGGUGGCCCGCGAGUCGCCAAAGCUGCGCAGCAAAAAGGCACUCGCGUGCGGAAUGUGGCUUUUGGCGAUGAGCUGCACGCGGCUGGAGAAAUGGCAGGAGGCUGAGGACCAUCUCACAGCGCUCUCAGGAAUUUUGCGGUUGAUAUACCCUCCGGACGAGCCCGGAAAGAGCCGGGGUGCUGACACAAGCAUUGCAAUAAGAAACGCGGCCGACACCCUCUAUGCUGUGCCGACUCUAGCCGAUGUGUCGGAUUUGCUGGGGCUGGUGUGCCUACGCACGAACCGCGCAGCCCAGAGCGAGCAGCACUCUGCCGAUGCGCUGCGAAGAAAUCCGCUCUCGUGGUCGUCGUGUCGGCGGUUGUGCGAUCUGGGAAACACACAAAAGCUAUCGCAAUCACUUUUGGGCAGCUUGGAUGGCAUAGGCGCGGAGUUGCAGACGCAGAGCACAAACAGCAUAAAUCAGGGCUGGGUCGACAACAACACAUUAGAAUCGACACCGAUACCGGCGUCACGCAUAUCAACAAAAAGUAUUCUCUCUACUGCGACUGUUCCACCGUCAGUUAUUCCUAGAAAGGCCGGGCUGUCAGCGCGGCUGGCUGCGGCUGGCCAAUUAUCGCAGCCAUCUCGAAUAGGGACAGCGAACGCAGGCGAUCCCGCUGCUAAUGCACGACCGCGUACGCGGUUGGUCUCACAAACACUGACAUCCGGAUCCAAUUCCGGUGGUAAUAAUAGUGGCGGUAGCACCAGCAAUACCACUGUCUUGUCGAGCAGCAAUAGUAGCAACCUACCGGGUAACCGUACAAAGGUGACGGCACUUGCGCUGAGAAGCGGGCUGGAUCUUCGCCAAGAGGCACAGACGCGCUCUGCAUCAUCCAUCCCGACUCGUACGCCUGCGAGAGCACGCCCAGAGACACUGCUGACAGCCGAUAGAAAAAGGCUGCGGAACGGCGUCCCAUUGAAUUCGACACUGUUUAAGCGUUCAAAAGAGGCAGAGUCAGUCAAUGCAACAACAGCGGCGACCGUCGACGCACACGCACUGUCGCACAUCCAUCAGCUUGUUAGGGUUGCUGGUACAGUUUUUGCGCACGCACAGUCGUAUCAAGCACCGCAGGCGUUGGCGGCCUUUGCCGAGCUUUCAGUUGAACACCAAAACUCCGCGUGGGGGCUGUGUUUGCUGGGCCGGAUUUGCUUUGAGACUGGCCGGUACCCCGAGUCAGCUCAUGCGUUUGGCGCAGCGCACCAAUUGGCGCCCUACCGCACGCGCGACAUGGACAUUUAUUCGACGCUUCUGUGGCACACAAAGAACGAAGAGGCACUGGCACAGCUUGCGCAAACGAUGGUUUCGGCAGGCCGCAACUGGAGCCCCGAGGCCUGGAUCGCCGUUGCCAACUGCUUUUCGCUGGACGGCGACCACGAAUCUGCCUUGAAGAGCCUCGGCCGUGGAAUCCAGCUGUUCAAGGCUGCGCAUGGCGGGACGAUGGUUGUGCCGCGGAAUGAGUCGGGUGGCGUGAGCGGCCUGGCAUACGCGCACACGUUGGUGGGGCAUGAGAACGUUGCUGGUGAAGAUUUGGAUCGCGCACAGCAGGCAUUCCGCACAGCAAUCAGGAUCGACUCGCGCCACUACAACGCAUGGUACGGCCUAGCCAUGGUGUACCUGCGCCUGGGAAAGCUUGAUUUAUCCGAGUACCACUUUAAGCGUGCCCUAACUCUGAAUCCGCACAAUCCACUGCUUCUCCAGAGUGCAGGUGCCGUGUACGAGCAUCGCGGCGACUACCCGAGCGCACUAGAAGUGUACACACGCGUUGAGAGGCUGCUUGAAUCGGGCCACUCUGCAAACAUUGGCAUGAGUAUCACGGGCAAUAAUGGCAUGGUUGUUCUUGGUCUGCAGUCGCAUUAUGCGAUGAAUUUUGUUAUGUUUAAGCGCGCCCGAGUGCUUGUGGUGCUAGAGCGGUUCAGCGAAGCAGCAUCCAUUCUUGAGAAGCUGACUCGUCGGUGCCCGCACGAAUUCAAUGUCCCGUUCUUGCUAGGACAAACGUAUUCCAAGCUCCACCGCUAUCGCGAGGCGGCAGCCUGUCUGACACGCGCUCUGGACAUUGCGCCUGAAAACAGCCAGAGCGUUACCGAGGCGUUUGAUGCGCUUUAUCAGCAGAGCGCUGAUGGCCAGGAGAACAUAGAGCCAGACCAAGAGAACAGCGAUGCUGAUCUGCCUGGCCGGUUACUGCAUACGCGCUCUAACAGAGACUUGCGCACGCCUACCAAUAGCGGGUUUGGACGCAACGGCGAGAUGCUUUCGCCAACAUCUUCGGUCGAGUCCCCGUACUUUGGCUUGCCGCCGCCGCCACUUUAUGCUCGCGGGAGGCGCGGCCGGGCUGAGUGGAGCCAUGACUGGAGCGCACUGAGCAGUGCUGAUGACCGGAUCGAGCGGGCAAUGGAUUUUGAUAUUUAAAUAAAGUAUGAGUUGAAAAUGGUUAAAUAAAGACGCAGCC